UUUAUUUAUUUAUUAUUUUCACUAAUGAUUCAUUUUUGUUGGUUGAACCUCUUUGAUUCUUUCUAUAUUUUUUUGGAAUACUUUUUUUUUGGAACACCUUUUGAUUCUUUCUAUAUAUACAAAUACAACCCACUUCUUCCUCAUAGAUUAAUGCUCUCUGAGUUUUAUCUCUCUCUAGUUGCCUAUGAUGCAAGAAUUAAGCUUAGAAUGUUUCUCCAACGACGUCGUUCGCUUAGACCUAACUCCUCCUUCCCAAACCUCACCUACUUCUCUCUCCAUAGACGAAGAAGAAUCAUCGGAGGCUAAGAUUCGACGGCUGAUAUCGGAGCAUCCAGUGAUCAUCUUCAGCAGAUCUUCUUGUUGCAUGUCCCACGUCAUGAAAAGACUCCUCACUACUAUCGGAGUCGUCCCCACCGUCAUCGAGCUCGAUGAUCACGAGGUUUCCUCUCUCCCCAUGGCUCUUGAAGAAGAAUUUUCCGGCGGCGUUCUUCCGUCUCCCGCGGUUUUCAUUGGCCGUGAGUGUGUCGGUGGUAUUGAGUCCCUCGUCGCGCUCCAUCUAAGUGGUCACCUUGUCCCUAAGCUUGUCCAAGUUGGAGCUCUUUGGGUAUGAUUGUAAUCUACUUCUUGUUUUUUUUUUGUCCACGUUUACUUCUUGCUUUUCAAUAGUAUUUGACAGUAUCAAAAGCAGAAUUUUAGGGUUUCUUUUUUCUGAUUAUCCUCCGAUGAUCAAAGUUAUAUACCCAUGUUGAAAAUGAAUUAUGAAUAAUAAUUAAAGAUGUGUAAUUAUAGUUUUAUAUAAGAAUUAGUAAAAAAAAAUCUUCUUUUUACCUUAA